AUGGCAAAGACAUCCAACAGCCUCUGGGACCGGUUAUCCAUCCACAUUGAGACGCUAAAAGCAACGGACGCGGAGAGAAUGUGGAGAGAGGAGUUGCGGGAGACGAACGGGACCCCCCUGGGUGCUCCUUCUACAGCCACGUUACAUCCUCACACGAUGGGCCCAUCCGAGCUGAAGACCACCAGGGACAUACUUCCGGAGCAUUGGGCACUGACACGGAGGAUCCAACGCCGCAGGUGUUGA